UGCAAUUUGGCUGCUUUCCUCUGCUUCACUCUCAAUCGCGCCGUCCUCACUACUGUCGUUUCUCUCGCGCCGCCUACACCUUCCGUCUCAUCUGAUCAUCUAAUGUCUACUUCGGCCCCCAUACACGCUCCAGAGGCUUAGCGCCAGCAACAUCGAUGGCACCCACAUCGAGAUCCAAGUUCUUCUCAUGGGGCUCCAAGAGCGCCCGGCAUCAAUCCACCCAGGAAACCUACUACCGCACUGGAGGCCUCUUGGAGAUUGAUACGAACAUUGAAGCCAAGAACCAAUUCGUGCAAUGCGUAGAACUGGACGAUACCAAGGAUACAACAUGGCGUCGAAAUCUAAAGAACCUUUCCAUCGUACCGCCAAACUAUAUCACUAGCCAGAGUCCCGACUCAGCGCUUCAGAAUGACGUCCUGGUCAAAUCGGCACCUAAUCUACUCGCCGUCUUCGGUGACACUACUUUUCAUGCUACUUCUGGACUGAGCCCUACCACGUGCAUUACAUCUAAAUAUUCUCUUCCGCCAUCGCCAGCGCUACCUGCAGAGCUCCCGGGGUGCUUUCCCUUAGACAACCAGGAGCAUCCGGCUCCAGCUACCCAACCACCUGAAACUGAUGCAGAAUCCGUCCACAGCAGCGCAGUGACGAGUGUCCGCAGCAUGUUCUCCUUGAGCUCGGGCAACGCUAAGACUGGCCCGUCAAAGGUGCCGCAGCAUAGGAAAAGUGCGAAUGACUUGCAGAAACGGUCGAAGCGACCUAGUAUGAUUGCUUCGCCAUCCUCUACCGAUAGUAGAAUCACAACAUUGUCAACUUUAUCUAGUGACAACGCGAGUAGCGCUAAUUCGACGAAAACACGAACAGGACCUGACACGAUUUUAGAAGGAAAGCAGUGGCAUACUGUGGAGGAAGUGACUAUCAAGCCUAUUACAAGAAAACAACCAACGGCGCGUACUAAACAGUUAGAUGAACUCAAGGCAACGAUUACAACGCAAGACCAAACAAUCUCAACGUUACAGUCCCAGUUUUCGAGCUUGCGAGCGUCCCACGAUGCACAUGUCAACAGCCUAGUCAAUGCGCAUGCUGCGGAAGUCUCAGCACUGAAGGACUACACGAAGUCGCUUGAAAGUCAACAAAAAGGUCUUCACCAUGCAUCUAGCAAUCAUCUCUUAUUCAUGUUGGAUACCACGGAUAACCCGCUGUCACCAAAGCGAGGCACCCCAUCAUCCUCAGCCGGAAGUACACCUGCAGGCUCGAUCCGCUCGUUCAAACCAUCCCACGAUAACUCUAGAUCCCCGCUGCGAUCGCGAACCAAUGCCGAGAUGGAAAACCUCAAGAAGAAGCUGAGCAUGGCAAAGAAGCCCGAGACUGGCAAUGGAGACGCAGUGCGCGAAUUGAACCUAUACAAGCAAAACAACGAAGCACUUCAGAAGCAAGUUGAGUCACUGAUGAAGAAGCUCAACCACUCUGAAGAAAGGGGACGUGAGCAGCAGCGCAUGCUUGAGGAGACGCAAAAGACUUGCGACGAGUGGCAAGAGAAGGCAAGCAAGGCCGAAGACCUGAAGAAAAGUACUAUGGCUCUGCAGAACACCAUUGACCAUCUCGAAUAUCGACUGGAGUUGGCCAAUGUUGACAAGGUGGACGCAGAAGAACAACUGCUCAACAUACAAUCACACAGAACUCCAUUUGAUCUGAAGUCGCCCAAGGUGCAAGUCCCCGAUCAUCGACAGAGCACACGCACGAGCAUGAGCACUGUAUUUGCGAACGAUUCUCCAAUCAGCCAAGACGACCAGGAGCCCACAACGUUAUCCGCCUUCAUCUCUCAUAUCGAGCGACUGCAGGAGCAGGUUCGCGUGAAGGACAUGCAGAUUACGGAGCUCGACGCGGACAAUAAGCAACUGCGUAUGAAAUACAACAAGUUGCGCAACGAGCACCGAGAGUUAGAUCUACAGUCCGACAUACAAGAUCAGCUCCUCAAGAAAGCUAAGCAAAAUGAAGCUCAUAUUGAGGAGCUGCGUACCGCGAUCAUCAAACGCGAGGCUAUGAUUGGCGAGAAGAGCAAGGCACUGCAGCAAACCGAAAGACAACUGAGCCAUCACAAACUGCUCCUAGAAGCCGAAAUCCGACGCCAUGCGAACCUUACGCUUCUCGCGGAUGCUCAAGGCAAUCCCCUCCCUGAGCUAACUUCCCUGGCUUCAAAGGACGACAUCGAUCGCUGGGUUGAACGACUUCAGAAGCAGCUCAACAAAGACAAAGCGGAAAAAUUUGGCCGCAACGCUGGCAAUGAGAGCACAAUUGAAGCUCUCCGCCGAGAAAACGAGUUCUAUGUUCGGGAGAUCAUCUACUACAAACUCGACUGCAGGGGCUACAAGUCAGACAUCAAGAAGCUCAAGAAGAUCGCUGCGCAAAUGGGAGGCCACGAUAGCCGACCCGACGAUGUAGAGUCUCCUGACCCUUCGGUGUCCAAGUCCGCGGAAACUCCUGCACCUACACAAUCUCUGUCGGUUGCGCCAAAUCUUGAGGCUUCCACAUCGCCAUCCCCUGUCUCCACUGGUCCAAUCUCUCUCACCAUUCCAUUGACGCAGCGCAUGACCCCUCCGCCGUCUGAGCUUACUCCCGCGCCCUCUCCAACUGACAAAAUCAAGCGGACAAUCAAGCGAGUCCCAUUGCCGCUCGACAUCAACAUGCCAUUGACUCCCCGGACUCCUCCCAUGAAGGCUGCCAACUUGGCGAACGAGGCCGAUAAUAUCGAUCCGGGUAUUUCACCUCGGUCGGUAGCACGGCUGUCUCCAGAGCGUCGGAAGCCUACUCCUCCGUCUCCAGACCAAGAAAAGUUUGGAGAGCUGGCAACAAACUUUCCUCUGAACACGCCUGCGGCUCCAACGAUUCAUGCCCGUAGAAGUAUGAGCGAUUCCAUGAUCCAGUUCUCCCUGUCGUCAUCUCAAUCAAGCUCAUCUUCAAAGGCUGAGAUUGGCGUCAUACCUAUUGGGACACGAGAACGCUCAGGAUCCGCCCCCGAGCCUCCAAAAGGCAAGAGCAUCCCGGAACGACCGCCUCGGCCGCGUUUUGGUCUCUUUGACACAGACUUGAGUGACGGCACCCCGUUCCGAAUACAGACGCCUCCAAGAACAAACGUGUUGGCAGAAGCAAUGCGCAAUUCUCCUGACCAGGCAAGAUCAAACCGACAGCCUGGCACAGGCAAGGUUCCAGCUCCGUCAGGUUUCGUAACUAUCAAGUCACCUCUAGGUGAGCCCAAGAGCGACCCAAGCAGCCCGAUUAUCGAGUCGGCGGUUCCUGCACCGUUGCAGUUUCGAUCUCGCGAGAGCUCUACAAGCUCAAGUGCCAUCGCCUCACCACCGCGCCGACCAAGCACGGCAUCAAGCUCAAAUAUUCCCUUUGUUAUUGCCAUGGGCUCUCCUCAUAACCCGGCCUUGAUGUCACCACAUCCUCGGGUGCCACCCACGACAUGCUUCAUCACAGCAAAACGAAACGUGGUUUCACCGACCCUGAGGACAGGCUUGGGUGGCACGAUGGCCUCUACUACGCCAGUCACAUCACCGACGUCACCCACCAAGCCCUCCAACCAACCGUACUUCAGCAGCGUUCUGCCUUCGUCAAGGGCACACUACAUGCAUACCAAACCAGCAUCUGCACCACCCACACGGAGCACUAGUCUUUCUUCGAGUUUCGCGGCACCAACUGCGGCAUCUCGGUCCAGGACGAUGACCUCGGGCCACGCACGAAAUCUCAGCGCAAGCUCCAUCAGGAACGCGAUCAAUCUACCCGCUAGAAUCGACUCCAUAAAAUGGAGGGGCAAGUCGCGCAAGGACGACAUCGGCCAUCCAACACCGCUGUCGAGUCCUUUCGACACGGAGCGUUCGACGCCGGAUAAGCAUAUUGGCAAAGCCAUAUAACACUCUCGCUCUUGUCCCUUUGUUACUAGAUUUUUGUCCCUGCCAUA